AUGCAGUACAAGAGCCUUUCCUUCCUACUUUUGGCCGCCACGGCCGUGGCUGACCUGGACAGCCUUGCCACUCAGACCGACCUCGCGGACCUGACCUCUCUCGCGGGCCUGACUUCUGGACUCACCGUUCCUACCAUGAACAUUCCCACUCCUCCUCCUUCCAUCGUCUCGGUGCUCGUGACCGCCGUCCCACCCUCGUUCUACUCGUCUUUGGAAGAUCCCGCCUCCCGGUCUGCGUUGUUCCACUCCAUCCAGGACGGUGACUACCCGCAGUGGUACAAGGACCUUCCCGGCAGCGUCAAGUCCUGGCUCUCCACCGCCUAUGCUACCGGUGCUGCUGCCACCGCUGCCCAUGCUGAUGCCACCACUACCGGCGGCUCGUCUUCGCCCACUGGCAGCUCUGGCUCUGGCUCUGGCUCUGGCUCUGGUGCUGCGGGCUCUUCCACCUCUGAGGGUCUGGCGGCCCCUACCGGUGCUGUGGCUAUGAGUCUGAUGGGAGCUGCUGGUGUUCUUGGCCUUGCUAUUGCUCUGUAG